AUGGAGCAGCCGCCAGCGCCCAAGAGUAAGCUAAAAAAGCUGAGUGAAGACAGUUUGACUAAACAGCCUGAAGAAGUUUUUGAUGUAUUAGAGAAACUGGGAGAAGGGUCUUAUGGAAGUGUAUUUAAAGCAAUACAUAAGGAAUCUGGUCAAGUUGUGGCAAUUAAACAAGUACCUGUUGAAUCAGAUCUUCAGGAAAUAAUCAAAGAAAUUUCCAUAAUGCAGCAAUGUGACAGCCCAUAUGUUGUAAAGUACUAUGGCAGUUACUUUAAGAACACAGACCUCUGGAUUGUCAUGGAGUACUGUGGAGCUGGCUCUGUCUCAGACAUAAUUAGAUUACGAAACAAGACAUUAACAGAAGAUGAGAUUGCAACCAUUCUCAAAUCUACUUUGAAAGGACUAGAAUACUUACACUUUAUGAGGAAAAUACACAGAGAUAUAAAAGCUGGCAAUAUUCUCCUCAAUACAGAAGGACAUGCAAAAUUGGCAGAUUUUGGAGUUGCUGGUCAGUUAACGGAUACAAUGGCAAAACGCAACACUGUGAUAGGAACUCCGUUUUGGAUGGCUCCUGAGGUCAUUCAAGAAAUAGGCUAUAACUGUGUGGCUGACAUCUGGUCCCUUGGCAUUACUUCUAUAGAAAUGGCUGAAGGAAAACCUCCUUAUGCUGAUAUACAUCCGAUGCGGGCUAUAUUUAUGAUUCCCACAAACCCACCACCAACAUUCAGGAAGCCAGAACUUUGGUCUGAUGAUUUCACCGAUUUUGUUAAGAAGUGCCUAGUGAAGAAUCCUGAGCAGAGAGCCACUGCAACACAGCUUUUACAGCACCCUUUUAUUAAGAAUGCAAAACCUGUAUCGAUUUUAAGAGACCUGAUCACAGAAGCAAUGGAGAUCAAAGCUAAAAGACAUGAAGAACAGCAGCGAGAACUGGAAGAGGAGGAAGAAAAUUCGGAUGAGGAUGAGCUGGACUCCCACACCAUGGUGAAGACGAGCUCGGAAAGCGUGGGCACCAUGAGGGCCACGAGCACCAUGAGUGAAGGGGCCCAAACCAUGAUUGAACACAACAGCACCAUGUUAGAGUCUGACUUGGGGACCAUGGUUAUAAACAGCGAGGAUGAGGAAGAAGAAGAUGGAACUAUGAAAAGAAAUGCAACUUCGCCACAAGUACAAAGGCCGUCUUUCAUGGAUUACUUUGAUAAACAGGACUUCAAGAAUAAGAGUCAAGAAAACUGUCAUCAGAAUAUGCAUGAACCCUUCCCUAUGUCCAAAAAUGUUUUUCCUGAUAACUGGAAAGUUCCUCAGGAUGGAGAUUUUGACUUCUUAAAAAAUCUAAGUUUAGAAGAACUACAGAUGCGGUUAAAAGCACUGGACCCCAUGAUGGAACGAGAAAUAGAAGAGCUUCGUCAAAGAUACACUGCGAAAAGGCAGCCCAUUCUGGAUGCAAUGGAUGCGAAGAAAAGAAGACAGCAAAACUUCUGA